GCAUCUCACUUCCCAGAACACUGAGUGCUGCUGAGUUUUGGUGUCCAGGCCCUAUUGUGUUUGAUCUGGCCGUUAGUUUCUCCCAGGGCAGCGGAGGGGGGAGGAGGGGCUGCUGAUGCUGAUGCUGCUGCUGCUUCUGCUGUGCUGCACCGUGCAGCUUCUCACUUCUCGCCGACUCUCAUCUCCAACCUCUCCUCCCACAACUUGUCCCGCGCGGGGGACGCACGCGUUUCCCCUCGGUCGGACCCGGUAAAGUGUCAGAAGCAUGCGGUCGGACGGGGGAGCCGUCAGUCGCCGGAGUGUCUUUGGGCGUCGGUGAUGAUUGUAUUUUUUUUUGUUGGCGACUGCAGAAAUUCCCAACGUGCCGGAGAGCCGACGGAGCACCGCGUUACUGGCGCGCUGCGCGGGAGCGAGGAUGGACGUGUGAACGGCUCCUUUCGGCGGCUGAAAUAACUCGCUGGGCUUUUUGAUUUGAGUUCACCAACUUUAAACACUUGUCUCGUCUCAACGUCGCACAAUCGGAAACGCCAAUUGAGUGAUACGUUUCCUGUUUGAUUUCGCUUGAGGAGAAAUUCAUGCGCCGAUAGCUCGCGGGGCCAAUAUGCCAGAAUGGGUCCUCUACAGUAUUUGUUUCUCUGUGGACUUCUGUACACCCAAAGCAAAGGGUCUCGUCUUCGCCAGGAAGACUUCGCUCCCCGCAUUGUGGAACACCCCUCUGACCUCAUUGUGUCUAAAGGGGAACCAGCCACUCUCAACUGUAAGGCCGAGGGCCGCCCGACCCCGACGGUGGAAUGGUACAAAGACGGGGAGCGCGUCGAGACGGACCGCGACAACCCCCGCUCCCACCGCAUGCUGCUGCCCAGCGGCUCCCUCUUCUUCCUGCGCAUCAUCCACGGGCGCCGGAGCAAGCCCGACGACGGCAGCUACGUGUGUGUGGCCCGCAACUACGUGGGGGAGGCCGUGAGCCGGAACGCGUCUCUAGAAGUAGCACUGUUACGGGAUGACUUCAGGCAGAACCCACAGGACGUGGUGGUGGCGGUCGGGGAAACUGCCAGCCUCGAGUGUCAGCCUCCACGCGGGCAUCCUGAGCCCACCAACUUCUGGAGGAAAGAUAAAGCUCGCCUUGACCUCAAAGAUGACAGGAUCACGGUCCGUGGGGGAAAGCUAACUAUCUCAAAUACCAAGAAGAGUGAUAUGGGGAUAUAUGUGUGUGUGGCGGCCAACAUGGUUGGAGAAAGAGAGAGUGAAAAAGCUCAGCUGUCCGUGUUUGAAAGACCAGUGUUUGUGCAACGGCCCGUGAACCAGGUGGUCCUAGUUGAGGAGACUGUAGAGUUCAGGUGUCAGGUUAAUGGCGACCCCCCUCCUACACUGCGCUGGAAAAAGGAGGACGUGGACAUUCCCCGCGGCAGGUACGAGAUCAGAUAUGAAAAGGAGGACUCCUUGCUGAGGAUAAAAAAAGCAUCAGUCAGUGAUCAGGGAACUUUCACCUGUGUAGCCGAGAACCGUGUGGGUAAACUGGAGGCCUCUGCCUACCUGACGAUCAGAGAGGCGCCCCAGUUUGUGGUGCGACCACGUGAUCAGAUUGUGGCACAAGAACGGACAGCUACCUUUCCUUGUGAGACCAGAGGCAAACCUCAGCCCACUGUCUUCUGGCAGCGAGAGGGUAGCCAGGACCUUCUCUUCCCCAACCAGCCAAAACAGGGAGAUAGCCGGGUUUCUGUGUCACUGAAUGGAGAGCUGACCAUUUCAUCCGUCCAACGCUCUGAUGCAGGCUAUUAUAUCUGCCAAGCCCUCACUGUGGCAGGCAGCAUCCUCGCCAAGGCCCAGCUUGAGGUAGCAGACGCGCUGAAGGGCCGCCCUCCACCCAUCAUUCGACAAGGCCCAUCCAAUCAAACGCAAGCGUUGGGAGGUCUGUCCCUUCUCAAGUGUCAGGCAUCAGGAGACCCUGAGCCCACAGUCACCUGGCGGAAGAAUGGCGUCAAUCUGCUUGGAAGAGAUCCACGAUUUUCCCUGCUGGAGCAUGGCAGCCUUCAGAUCCAGAGUACCAGGCUGUCUGAUCUGGGCUUGUACACCUGUGUUGCCACCAGCUCCAGUGGAGAAACAUCAUGGAGUGCCUACUUGGAUGUCAGAGAAUCCACUGACCUCUUAGACUUCACUCCUCACAAUGCAACGGCCCUCUCGGGGCCUCCCUCCAAGCCAGUUGUCACUGAUGUUACCAAGAGCAGUAUUUCGUUGUCAUGGGAACCGGGGCCGGAGGUGGGCUCUCCAGUGUCCUCCUAUGUCAUAGAGGCCUUUGGGCAGUCAGUGAGUAACAGCUGGCAGACGGUGGCAGACCACGUGAAGACCACGGAGUUCACAGUCAUUGACCUGCGACCCAAUACUGUCUACCUGUUCAUCAUCAGGGCGGUAAACGCUCAAGGGCUCGGGGACCCCAGCCCCAUGUCUGAACCAGUCCGCACUCAAGACAUAAGUCCCACCGCGCAGGGAGUGGACCAUCGGCGCGUGCAGAAAGAGUUGGGAGACGUGGUGGUCAGCAUGCACAACCCUGUGGUCCUUAGCUCCACUUCAGUGCAGGUCACAUGGACUGUUGAGAAUCCAUCCCAGUUCAUUCAAGGCUACCGUGUUCUGUACCGGCAGACGUCGGGGCUGCCCUCCCCGGGGCCGUGGCAGAUGCAAGACUUGAAGGUCGCCUCAGAGAGGGACAUAACUCUCUCUGGUUUGAAGAAAGGGAUUGUCUAUGAGAUUAAAGUGCGGCCAUAUUUCAAUGAGUUCCAAGGUGCAGACAGUGAAUCCAUGACGGCACGCACAAUGGAAGAAGCACCUGGUGCGCCUCCGCAGCAAGUGACCGUGUUGACGGUAGGCAGCCAGAACAGCACGUCAAUCAGCGUGUCAUGGGACCCUCCUCCCUCCGACCAACAGAACGGCAUCAUCCAGGAGUACAAGAUCUGGUGUCUGGCCAACGAAACCCGCUUUCAUGUCAAUAAGUCUGUGGAUGCAACCAUCCGUUCUGUGGUUGUCGGGGGGCUGCAGACUGGAGUGCAGUACCACGUGGAGGUGGCUGCAUGCACCAGUGCAGGGGUGGGGGAGAAGAGCAAACCCCAACUCAUCCUUUUAGGUGCAGAACUGAGGGACGUAAUGACGGGAUCGGAAGGAAACAAUAGCAUCUCAGACGUGGUGAAGCAGCCAGCCUUCAUCGCUGGUUUGGGAGGGGCCUGCUGGAUUGUCCUCAUGGGCUUCAGUGCCUGGUUGUACUGGAGAAGAAAAAAGAGGAAGGGACUAAGCAACUAUGCAGUUCAAUCCUUUACCUUUACGCGUGCAGUUACUUUCCAAAGAGACAGAGGCCUGAUCAGAAAUGGAAGCCGUCCAGGGCUGCUGAAAACGGGUGACCAAGGCCUCCCCUGGUUGGCUGACUCCUGGCCCUCGACGAGCCUCCCAGCUGACGGCGGCUUAGGGAGUCCAAAGGGCGGCAGCAACUUUGGCCGAGGAGACGUUUUACCGUCCGCCGCGGUUGAGAAGACGGGCACCAUGUUGUCUGAUGGGGCCAUCUACAGCAGUAUUGACUUUAUGGGGAAGGCCGGCUACAGCAGCCCAGCGCGAGGCAGUCAGCCCACCCCCUAUGCCACCUCUCAGAUUCUACAGUCCAACAGUUUCCACGAGCUGGCCGUGGACAGGCCAGAUCCCCGCUGGAAGGCCUCUCUCCAAGCCCAGCAGGAAAUAGCGAACCUGGGCUACUCGCUGACGGACAGGCGGCCUGGCAGUGGUACAAAGGUUGGGAAGAAAAAGAAGGUGAAGGGUGGAACAAAGACCUCUAAAUCAAAUGGGACAUGCUGGGCUAACAUGCCCCUGCCUCCACCACCCAUGCACCCACUUCCUGGCACAGAGGUUGACCUUGACCGUUACCCCCAGGAAAACCACGGAGGAGGAUAUGACAGCAACAGUUGGACCCCACCAAUGUCUGUCCAGACGUACCGCCAUCCGAAUUUGGAUAAUGAGGCUGAGGGGGAGAGAGGUCCGACUCCUCCCGUUAGAGGAAGAUCCUCCUCGCCGGCAGCAGCUUCCUUCAGCCAGCCCUCAUCUUCUUCUCUCAGCUCUGCCCACCAUGAGGAAAUGCAGUCCAUUCUGCAGGCCCACUUGGAUGAGCUGACUAGAGCUUACCAAUACGAGGUGGCCAAGCAGACAUGGCACAUGAAGGGCAGUCCAAACGUGUCAACCACCCCCAUCCCUCCAGUGGACUUCAUGUCCAGUACACUGGGCUCUGAUUUGGGAGCAACUCUCCUUUCUGAAGAAGACGAGGACUUGGAGGAGGAGGAAAGAUACGCUGUGGUCUCAAAGAAUCUGGGUGGCUUUGACUACGCUCCUGCUCACAGCAUAGAAGGCCUUGAGGGCUCAGGCAAAUGCUACCAGCAUUGUCACCCCGACAGCUCUGGCUCAGAAGACCAUGGCACACACAGCCUUGGCCACAAGAGGGCACCACUGACCGGCCUCAAACCUCAGACGGCCAAGGUCGGGACUCUGCCGAGACGAAGGGACACCAACACUGACGCCCACACACCGGCCGCGAAGCCCCUGCACAGCCUGGGUUCCCGCAUGCACAGCUCGUGGGCAGCUGCGGCCUCAGACCCCUCUGAGGAGUGCAUGGUGACCGUGUCGACGCUGGAGCGGCAGCAUAUGGCUUCGUGGAGCGGCACGACAACAUCCAACAGGGGAACCCUGAGUAGGGGCUCCCACAAGAGACCUGGCACAGAACCCAUCCACAACGGGCAUCCUUCCACAAGCAGCACAGAGAAAAGGGAGCACUAGUCUUUGUGAGGCGUCGUUCCCGCAGUUGCUCCCUGUCCCAGGACACCUUGUUUGUAAGCGCUAUGAGAUUUCCUCUCUGAGUGACACAGAAUGAUGUUUGGAAGAUGGAGAGGAGACAGAAUGGAGACAAAGGAAAGAGUGCAAGAUAAAAAUGCCGAGAUGUAAAUUCCAUGUACAGACACCAGUCUCACAGUGUUAUUUUCAUUCCCUCUUCAAAAAAGUAAACAAUGUUAUUUGUCCGCUUCUUUUAUCUGUCACAUGGUGUACUAAAGUUCACACAGUGGAGAGAAGGAAGAUUAAUCACAGCCAAAUGACAACCUAAUAUGAAAAAAGGACUUGCAUAAUCUGUAAAUAUAUUUUUUAAUGUUUCUUUUCCCUUCUUUUGCUUUGCUAUGCAAGCCAAACCUGAUGUUGUCUCUUUUGUGAUUUAUUACUGUGAAUGAUUUUUUCAUUACUGCUCAAACUUUUAGCUUAUUUUGAUGAAGCUACUGUAUCGUUGUACUUUGCACAGAGCGUUUUGGUAAAAAUAAGCACAAGCCCAUUGUCAGCUGAGCUGAGGCGGAGAAUCAUGAUGGCAAAGAGGGACGUUUACUGUAUGUUGAACGGAACCUAAACAGAAUAUAUAUGUACUUGGCUGUGCUAUAAUUGUUAUAAACACUAAGAUACUGAGAGUUACAAGGAAAAGGUUAGUACUUAACCAAUACUUAAAUAAUAUGCCAAUGUAACGAGCUGUGUUUCACACUACUUGCUGGAAAUCUAAUAUUAUGCAUAAUACUAAGAAAAGGGUAACCAAAACAGUUCCAUGUGGUAACAAAGCAGCACAUCUGUUGUGACAUCCAAAGCAGUGACACUGACAAAUGAUGUCUUUUUCGUACAAUCCACAAAAAAUACUUAUGUUAAUCAAAAAUGGUAUUUCCAGUUGCUUUCAGUGUAGUGCAAUAUUAAAAGGACAGCAUAACAGUAAAGGGAAAUGUCCACGUUGUCUUUUUGUCACCUGAAGGCAAAUGAAAUAUAAUGAGACUAGAUUUGAUCUUUUUUUGAAUAUUACUCUUUUGAAUGGUUAUGGAUUCACACUGUCGCUGUACCAAGUUUCAAAGACUUGACCAACUUGGAAAAUCUUUUAAAAACCUUUUUCAAUUUCUAAAUUCAGCCAACUAGUAUUUUCUGCCAGUGAGAUUGACGAUGCAUUGUCUUUACUCUUGUUUGGAUGGUUUUGGACUGAUCAUUGUUCUGGUAAUGGCUCGCCCUUUGAAGAAUCUUUACCUGCCAGACUGGUUUGCCCUCAGGAAUAUGCAGCCACAUACAGUUGGGCCAUUUUUCAAUCCUUUGAUGCAAAAUAAAAUGUGUAUGUGAAAACA